AUGCCUCGCAUCAGCUACUGGGUAACAGAAAAGUCAGCCGAACGGGGUCCAGCUGAUUACACUCCACCAAAAUGUGUGGCACAGUCAACCGAACGGGGUCCAGGUGAUUACACUCCACCAAAAUGUGUCGCACAGUCAGCCGAACGGGGUCCAGGUGAUUACACUCCACCAAAAUGUGUCGCACAGUCAGCCGAACGGGGUCCAGGUGAUUACACUCCACCAAAAUGUGUCGCACAGUCAGCCGAACGGGGUCCAGGUGAUUACACUCCACCAAAAUGUGUCGCACAGUCAGCCGAACGGGGUCCAGGUGAUUACACUCCACCAAAAUGUGUAGCACAGUCAGCCGAACGGGGUCCAGAUGAUUACACUCCACCAAAAUGUGUGGCACAGUCAGCCGAACGGGGUCCAGAUGAUUACACUCCACCAAAAUGUGUGGCACAGUCAGCCGAACGGGGUCCAGGUGAUUACACUCCACCAAAAUGUGUGGCACAGUCAGCCGAGCGGGGUCCAGGUGAUUACACUCCACCAAAAUGUGUCGCACAGUCAGCCGAACGAGGUCCAGAUGAUUACACUCCACCAAAAUGUGUCGCACAUUUUGAAUCGUUAGAUUUAGUUGGAGGUAAAGACGGACCCAUCGACGACUUCAAUUCUCGCAUCGCCGACCAGUUCACGGAAGAAAGUCACCACAGAAACCUCUCGGUGACUGCCGUCAGUCAGAACCAGCAAGGACCCGGCACAGCGGAGAAACCGUCAUUACUUGGCUCUGUGCAACAACCCCAUCGACAAGCAACAAGUCCGAACCUUGGCAAGGCAGAUGUAACCAGAAAACACUUGUCAUUUCAUGCAACGCUUUGA